UUUGUCAAUGUUGAAGUUUGAACGAAUUUGUCGAAACUCAACACCGAAAAUAGAAAUCUGUAGAAAUGUUUUGAAAUAAUAAAGUCUAGCUUUUAUAAUAUUUUGUGGAUUCAGAUAAAAUGAAUAAAUUGGCGUGUGUGAAUAGAAGUUUUUUAAAUGUGUUCAAGCACAAUGUCAGUGGAAAUUCCGGCUAUUUACUCGCUCCUAAAUAUGGUGCACCAAAUGUUUAUUUCAUGCGUGGAGCACACGAACAGAAGAAAAUCCGGUCUACUAUGAACUAUAUGAUAGCUCUCGGUGUUAUGACUGUAGGGUUAAGUUAUGCAGCAGUACCUUUAUACAGGAUCUUUUGUCAGGCAUACAGUUACGGAGGUACCAUAGGUCAGUCGGAGUCAAAUGAGUCAAUCAGUAAGAUGACAGCUGUGAAGGAUAGGCCGAUCAAAAUAAGGUUCAAUGCAGAUGUGGCAUCUUCCAUGCAGUGGAACUUCAAACCACAACAAGGGGAUAUUACAGUGGUACCGGGUGAAACAGCGCUGGCGUUCUACACGGCGCGCAACCCCACAGACAAGCCCGUGGUGGGCAUCAGCACCUACAACGUGAUCCCUUUCGAGGCAGGCCAGUACUUCAACAAGAUACAGUGCUUCUGCUUCGAGGAGCAACAGCUCAGCCCACAUGAACAGGUUGACAUGCCAGUCUUCUUCUACAUAGACCCUGAUUUCAUGGAGGAUCCAAGGAUGGAAUACGUGGACGAAAUAGUAUUAUCCUACACAUUCUUUGAGGCCAAAGAAGGACUUAAACUGCCUGUUCCAUCUUAUGCUAAGUGAACACUUAAGUGUAGUGCUAACUGUGAAUAGUCUAAUUAAAACUUAAUUAUUUUGUAGUAGGUAAACAAUAUAAUGUAGUGAAUUAUUUAUUUUCUGUUAAAAGUUAUAGCAACUAAGAAAUCAAGUUAAAAGCAUAACAUAUAACUGAGUAGGUUCCUGCGGUAGUGGUGCGGUGCGGGAGGGGUGUGAUGACGUCACGCGAGAGCUCAAUGGUUCCUCAACUUGUGACAACUGUCUCCCUUUACCUCAGAAGCCUACUCAUACAUAUGAGCUAUACCUAUUAAAAGCUAUUGUAAAAUAAUGACCAUAUGAAUGUAUAAAACUUGUGAAGUUGUCAACUUUUUAAUAGAUAUUUUUGUUAAUA